AUGGAACCUCUGCUUGAAAAACUACCCAAGACGCCACCGCGGCGUGAGGUCUUAGUCCUGGAGAGAGAGAAAGAACAAAGGAUUCGGCUAAACCUUCGGCCUUAUGUACCGUGCGAGCUGCUCUCCCGCGCCAUUUUCGACUAUAAAGACGACGGUGCUUCUCCCUCCUUGACCGAAGACGACGAUUGGGAGCUCUCCGCAUUUGAAACUGAGAAUCCUCAUGGCAACGGCAAAGACCAUGAUACUAUCCACGAUGCCUCUACCGACGACGAACUUACUGAUGAUGAAAGCGAUAAACCUGCCAACAAUGACGCUACUCGCAGUAGCCCUGUCGAAGUUGACUGCGCUGAACCUGUCGAUAACAACACUCUUCGUAACAACUCUACCGACAAGGACCCUACCGACAAGGACCCUACCGACAAGGACCCUACCGACAAGGACCCUACCGACAAGGACCCUACCGACGAUGACCCAACUGACGAUGGACGAACCGUCAAUGGACGAACCGUCAAUGGACCGACUGACAAUGACUCUACCGACGAUGACCUAACUGACGAUGAAACCACCGACGAUGACCCUACCGAUGAUGACCCUACCGAUGAUGACCCUACCGAUGAUGACCCUACCGGUGAUGACCCUACCGAUGAUGCCAGCGUUGGCCCUGCCGAUACUGAAACUUCUCGCAAUGGCUCUAUCAACGAUGACAGCGUUGACUCUGCCGAUAGUGACUCUCCCGACGGCAACUCUACCGAAGAUGACGAGGCCGACGAUGAUCCCUCCGAUGAUGAGAGCGUUGGUUCAUCGGGCUGGGAAGUGAAACUCUCUGAACCGGAUUUUCAAGAAAUCUUACUCUCUGAACCGUAUUUUCCUUCGCGAGCCCAACUCGAAAUUUGCCUUCUUCUACCCACUUCAAUCGCAGAUUUUACCAGAGAAGAGCUGGAGGAGCGGGAUUCUCUGUGGGAUCUUGUAGUGCUUGUUGGACGAGACAAAUAUAUCGGCGCCAUGACUUGUGGGGAAUACAUCACACAAACUUGGCCAGACACAUCUUCGACUUUGAGAUUGCUCAUCCCCUUGAUCUCGCGACCAUCAACUCGCCCAAUGAGUGAGAUAGAUCAGGUCAAGGUCUCGUUGAAUGAAAAUGAGACGCAGAUACAUUUCCGCCUUGUUGGAGCGCGACACAAAUUGGCAGAAAUCUGCGAGGCAGUCGCCUGGGUCCACGCUGCCGUAGCAAGGACUCCAUCGGAAAAGCCGCAUAUGGUCGAUUUCAUCGUCGAAUGUAGAGGGAAUCAGACACUGAGCUACUGUACCCGCAGUGUAAUCUCGCCCUUGAUCAACAAUCUGGACUGCGAUACCCAAUGCUGGCUCCCAUUAUUCCCGAAUACCGCCGUGGCCAUUGACUGCCGACGAAACCUUGUGUGCGAAAACUCGCCAUUAGGGCUAAAUAUCUCAUGGGAUUUACUAUGCUUCAUCUGUGGGUUGGAAUACGAGGUUGAUACUGAAACCGGGUUUGCGCUGUACGGCCAACGGUCGUUGGUCUAUCCUACGAGAUAUUUACCAACGUCUGAGUCCAUGCAAUGGCAUUUCCAAGACCUUAAAGAGGGAGAACUUCCGCCGACUGGAUCAUUUCAAGGUGGCGAGAGGUUCAAUGACCUCAACGAAUGCCUCACGAUUGGAAAAGAUCACUUGCUGGGCUUCUGGCCCGAACCGCUGGUCACCCUGGGGACCGAGUAUAACAAAGACGUUGACAUCACCAAAGUUCGCUGGACAAACCCGGGAGAUACCGAGACCAUCAACGACAUAUACGAGAAAGACGGUUACACAUUCGGCGCCUCAAUUUCUGCACCGAGAUUACUCAGUUUUAAUGCGAGCAUGACCUACAAGAUAGCCCACAAUCGCAAGAAUAUCUACAUGUCAGAUUUCAUUGGCAACAUGGAAAGCAUAAUCGACACACCUGCGCUAGUCUACUCCAUCCAGGAAGGACGCGCAUAUGUGGUACCGUUAAUCAGUGUCGUGUUCCACAUUGGACGGGUGAGAGCCAAAGUACAUAAACUGUCCCAGUACCACGUUGCUCCUUGUGAGGCAUUGGCGAAUGGAGGUCUAGCUGCGUUCGAUGCCAUACGGAAAUCUUAUCAAGAUCCACUCGCAGCUAAACAACCACAGAACAGCAAAGAUGGUGAAGUCCAAGUACCUUACCGAGUCAAGGAUCAUCUGCAAUCUGUCUACGCAGCACUUCAAGUUACCGUGCGACAGAGGUCUUUGCUGAAGCGCUUCUUCAAGGAAUACCUGGUUGGGUACGAGCUGGCCGACAUCGCCCACGAAUAUCCGUCUUACAACUUCAAGAGGCAUCAAUUGAAAGACCUGGUUUGCUGGAAGCCAUUGGUAGAUGAAGUUCACCUAGUCCUGUUUUGUGAAGGGCUCUACGAUCCGAUCAUCCGAGACCCAAAGUCACAAGCCGCGGAUGGCUGCGUCGGUAGACAUCGCGACACCAUUCCCUGUGGGUUGGAUAUUCUAACAAUUUCAUUCACGUGCUUGCGCCAUCUAAGUCGCAGAUACAACGAGCCCGGCUCCGCCCAUGAAUGGGUUAUUGAAGGCUGCAAGUGGCACAGUCGCCACAGCAAAGGCUUGGUCUUUUUCGAGUGCGAUCACAGUCACGCACAGCACUGUCCAAAGCUUCAAUCUCUGAAAUCAAAAGGCCAGAAGCACGCCAGGAUGCCUGACUACGACAACUUGGCGAAAUACCAGAAUGGAGCAAUUGCUUUUGAGGACGAGGUUGGCGUUGGCACGAAACUGAAACGCCUCUCCAAUGCCGACCGCACCCAGGUAGAACUGGGCAAAGAAUGGGUCGUGGCCACAGUCCGACAGCUUCGUUCCGCUGGAGACUUUGAGGUCGCCUUGAUCCUGACACAUUUGCACCACGACCGUGGCGAGUCCGUCGGCAUCCGUGAAGCCAGCAUUGCUGCAGACCUUCUGCCUAUUCUUUUCGAUGUUCUUCAAGGCCGUGCGGGAACCGUCGAGAAAGACGACCUCGUACGACCCAACUCACGACGUGGUGCCUCUGGCGUUUGGUGGGCCUUUUGA